UCCUGGUCCUAGCCGUUUGCCUCUACACACAAUUAGUUUGGCCACCCCCUCACCGACGAUCAUGUGGAGGCUAAAGAUCGCCGAGGGUGCCGGGCCAUGGCUGAGGUCAACGAACAACUUCCUCGGCAGGGCGGUCUGGGAGUUCGACCCCGACCUUGGCACGCCAGAGGAGCGCGCCGAGGUGGAGAGAGUUCGCCGGGAUUUUACCGAGCACCGCUUCGAGAACAGAGAGGCUCAGGACCUCCUGAUGCGUAUGCAGUGCGCAAAAGAAAAACAUCAUUAGGUGUAUCUUCCACCUAUCAAGCCUCUAGAGAGUGAAGAAGUCACAGAAGAGAUUAUAUUAACAUCAUUGAGGUGAGCCCUAACUCAACAUUCUGCGCUGCAAGCACAUGAUGGGCAUUGGCCUGUUGAUUUCAGUGGAAUAAUGUUCAUUAUGCCUAUCAUGGUAUUUGCUCUCUAUGUCACUGGAUCACUCAAUACUGUUCUAUCAAAAGAAUAUCGACAUGAGAUAUGUCGCUACAUUUACAACCAUCAGAAUGAAGACGGUGGUUGGGGCACACAAGUGUUGGGACCAAGCACCAUGUUUGGCUCAUGCUUAAAUUAUGUUACCUUAAGACUUCUCGGUGAGGUGUCCACACAUGAUGCAUUGAUCAAAGGAUGUGAAUGGAUUAUGCUACAUGGAAGUGCUGCUGCAAUACCACAAUGGGGAAAGAUAUGGCUCUCGGUGAUUGGUUUGUAUGAUUGGUCUGGAAACAAUUCGAUCAUUCCUGAAUUAUGGCUUGUCCCACACUUUCUUCCAAUUCAUCCAGGACGAUUUUGGUGCUUUUGUCGUUUGGUUUAUAUGCCUAUGGCAUAUCUCUAUGGUAAGAAGUUUGUUGGGACAAUUACACCAACAAUACUGGCAAUGAGAGAGGAGCUCUAUAAUGUACCUUACAAUGAGAUUGAUUGGAACAAGGCUCGUGAUACUUGUGCCAAGGAGGACCUUCGGUAUCCGCGGUCAUCUGUGCAGAAUCUUGUAUGGACUUGCAUCAAUGAAGUUGUGGAACCAAUGCUGAAUUGUUGGCCAGUUAAUAAGUUAAGAGAUCUAGCAUUGAAAAAGAUCAUGAAACAUAUCCACUAUGAAGAUGAAAGUACUAAAUACAUCGGUGUAUGUCCAAUAAACAAGGCACUAGAUAUGAUUUGUUGUUGGAUAGAAAAUCCACAUUCAGAUGCCUUCAAGCAACAUCUUCCAAGGAUCUAUGAUUAUUUAUGGCUUGCGGAAGAUGGCAUGAAGGCACAGGUGUAUGAUGGUUGUCAAAGCUGGGAGAUAGCUUUCAUUGUCCAAGCCUAUUGCUCAACAGACCUUGUAAAUGAGUUUGCUCCAACACUCCGGAAAGCUCAUGAAUUCAUAAAAAGCUCACAGGUUCGUGAAAACCAUUCUGAUUACGAAGCUUAUUACCGCCAUAGAUCGAAAGGUUCAUGGACACUUUCCACAGCAGAUAACGGAUGGUCUGUAUCUGAUUGUACUGCAGAAGCACUUAAGGCAUUGUUGUUGUUAUCAAAGAUUUCUCCAAAUCUUGUCGGAGAUCCCAUAGAAGGACAAAGAUUGCAUGAUGCAGUGGAUUGCUUACUUUCUUAUGUGAACAAUGAUGGCACCUUUUCUACAUACGAGUGUAAGAGAACCACACCUUUGUUGGAGGUUCUCAACCCUUCUGAGAGUUUUCUGAACAUUGUUGUCGACUAUCCAUCUGUUGAAUGCACAUCAUCAGUGCUACAAGCUCUGAUUAUGUUCAGAGAGCUUUAUCCAGGAUACCACGAAGAAGAGAUAGGAAAAUGCAUUAAAAAUGCAUCCAAAUUUAUUGAGAAGGAACAACGUAAAGAUGGAUCAUGGUUUGGCACGUGGGGUAUAUGUUUCACGUAUGGGACAUUCUUCGCGGUAAAAGGGUUAGCUGCUGCUGGAAGAACUUACGAAAAUAGUUCUUCCAUCAGGAAAGCAUGCAGCUUUCUGUUGUCAAAGCAGCUAACUACAGGUGGAUGGGGAGAGACUUAUCUUUCCAGUGAAACAGAGGUGUACGUGGAUGCUGGUAUUCCUCAUGUAGUGAAUACUGCUUGGGCAAUGUUGACUUUAAUUUAUGCUGGGCAGGUGGAACGAGAUCCAACACCACUAUAUCUUGCUGCAAAAGAAUUGAUCAAUAUGCAACUAGACUCGGGCGAAUUUCCCCAACAAGAACACGUUGGAUGCUUUAACUGUUCCAUAUACUUCAAUUACGGCAACUACCGCAACUUGUACCCUAUUUGGGCUCUUGGGGAAUUUCGCCGGUGCCUCCUUGGAGUUAAGAAGUGAACUCCCCUGCUCCUAGAUGCAACUAAGAGUAACUGAAUCUAUAAACAGCACAUGCAACCGUGUAUGUUGCAAAAGUUCCAUAUGCAACCUGCUCUAGUCUCAUUCAUAAAUGUUUAAGCAUUUUGUGCCCACGGCACUUGCAUGUUCAGAAACCACUCAGGCGUAAGCCAAGAAACUGAUACAAAAAAAGACAAUUUUUUUAUGCCACUGAGAACGCCUAAUCCCAGAAAUGCCACUGGAAAUGACCAUAUUCCUUUAGUGCCACGGUUGUUAAAUUUUAUCGCUAACGAUGAUGCCAUUGUUGACUACUUUCUUGUAGUUAAACCGUGACGUACGUACGAAAACACCAUUUACCCUUGACCCACAUG